GUAACACUGCCAAGAUUCAAAAAACAAGUUUUAACAAAAAAAAAAAUUCUUUACGCUAAACGGACGUCGACCGCGGAAUGGAAACAACGACUAGGUCGAAUUUUGAUCGAAACUGAUCUUAAUCGUAGAACAGCCGCACACAGAUACGCCAACGGACUAAUACGUUAACAUUAACAUAUACUGCCACCACCCUCGUUUUCGUUGUUGUUUUUGCUGCUGCCUUCGUCGCUGCAGCAGAGCAGAGCCAAGUGAGAAGUGAGAGAACAGUGCGCCGCCAUCCCCCCGCGCGUUAUUUUUUAUUGCUUAAACAUGACGUCGCCUGGUUGCCGUGGACUAACCGCGGCGCUGCUGCUGCUCUGCGCCACGACUGCAGCUUUCGCAGAACUGUCGGACAAAUUGCGCGAUGAUUCGGAGCUUUCUCAGAGCACUGCCAAAUCCUUCAGGCGUCUUAUGCCAGUUAGGUUCUACAGCCAAGUGGAGCAGAAUCCCAUUGCCAAUGCAACGCUAACGCUGCGCAGCUGCACCAUCUUUGUGCCCACCAAUGAAGCCUUCCAGCGCUACAAAGGGAACAUCCAUGUGCUCUACCACAUCUCUACGUCGGCAUUCAGCAAAGAGCAACUGCCAAAAUCUGUGUCAUCCGACAUGGGUGGCAAUCCGCCGCUGUAUAUCACAAAGAAUCGCAAUGGUGACAUCUACGUGAACAAUGCACGGAUCAUUCCCUCGCUCAGCGUGGAGAUGACCAAUCGAGAGGGCAAGCGACAGGUCAUGCACAUCAUUGAUGAGGUGCUGCAGCCCCUCUCCGUCCAGAAGAAUGCUCAGGACAACAUCAACAAUCCGGACGCGAUGCAAUUCCUGCAGAUGGCCGAACAGCUCGACCUGAACGACUUCCACUUGCGCACCUAUCGCUCCCAAGUGACGUUAGCGAAGAAGGAGUCCGUCUACCAGUCGCCUGGAGCGCACACCUUCCUCAUUCCAAUCGACGAGAGCUUCAAGCUCUCGGCACGGAGUGGCCUAGUGGAUGCCAAGGUCAUUGAUGGCCAUGUGAUACCUAACACUGUCAUUUUCACUGCCGCCUCGCAGCACGAUGAUCCCAAGACAUCAGCUGCAUUCGAGGAUCUGCUCAAGGUUACCGUCAGCUUCUUCAAGCAAAAGGAUGGAAAGAUGUACGUUAAGUCCAACACCAUUGUUGGAGACGCCAAGCAUCAUGAGGGCGUGGUUCUGGCCGAAAUUGUCAAGGCCAACAUUCCAGUGCAGAACGGAGUCGUCCAUUUGAUCCACCGACCGCUGAUGAUCAUCGACACGACCGUCACCGAUUUCCUAAAGAACAAUUUUGGGUGUAAUUCGUUCAAGUUCUUGAACGAGAACGGCGAGAACGGAGCUCUGAGGAAAUUCUACGAGGUUAUUAUGGACAAUGGCGGCGAAGUGCUGGACGAUAUCACCAAUCUUUCUGAGGUCACAAUUUUGGCACCCAGCAAUGAUGCCUGGAAUGCAUCCUUAAUUGAAAAUCUUCUAAGGAACCGCAAGAAGAUGAGGGAAAUCCUGAACAUGCACAUCAUUAGGGACCGCCUAAAUGUGGAUAAGAUCAGGCAGAAGAAUGCCAACAUGAUUGCCCAAGUGCCCACCGUCAACAACAGCACGUUCCUGUACUUCAACGUAAAGGGCGAGGGUGCCGAUGCCGUGAUCACCGUCGAGGGCGGUGGUGUCAAUGCCACUAUUGUACAGGCUGACGUUGCUCAGACCAAUGGCUAUGUGCACAUUAUCGAUCGUGUCCUGGGCGUUCCACACACCACAGUUCUGGGCAAGCUGGAAACCGAUCCCAUGAUGAGUGACACCUACAAGAUGGGCCAGUUCUCGCACUUCAACGAUCAGCUAAACAACACUCAGCGCCGCUUCACCUACUUUGUGCCCAGGGACAAGGGCUGGCAGAAGACCGAGUUGGAUUACCCAUCGGCCCACAAGAAGCUCUUCAUGCCCGACUUUUCCUACCACUCAAAGUCUAUUUUGGAACGCCAUCUGGCCAUUGCGGAUCAUGUGUUCACCAUGAAGGAUCUCGUUCAGUACUCGCAGCAGGCCGGCAACGUUGUUCUGCCCACAUUCCGGGACUCGCUCCAAAUCAGAGUUGAGGAGGAAGCUGGACACCUACAUGAUGAGAAUGCUAGUCACGAAUGGACUGGCUAUGUGAUAAUCUGGAACUACAAGAAGAUCAAUGUCUAUCGGCCCGAUGUGGAGUGCACCAAUGGAAUCAUCCAUGUCAUUGACUAUCCGCUUCUGGAGGAGAGGGACGUGGUUGUGAGCGGAGGUAGCUAUCUGACAGAAUCAAGCAUUUGCAUCCUUUUGGCCAACCUCAUAAUGAUAACAGUAGCAAAGAUCUUGAACUAAACCCAUUCAAUAUGUAAAAAUCAAAUCAAAAGCAAAAGCAAAUGCGAAUCAAACAGCAACCGCAACACAUACCAACCACCACAGCCACCACAGUCGUCUACCAACAUCAACCGAUCAAACUCGAACCAACAUUCAAAAUCAGAUUAAUACGAAAUAUACAUGGAUAUGUGUAUAACCAGGCACUGCAUACAUACAUGCAUAUCCAUAAGUUACUCGAAUUGGAAACAAGCAAAUGAAAAUUGUAUCUGUAUUAUUUGCGUCACAAGGAACAUCACAAGCCUUCCACCAUGCCUCAUUGCCCCCAUAUACAAAACUCAGACACACACGCAUGCAGAGUACUACCUGCUAGAUUUAAAUUUGACAGCUUUCCUCUGAAGAUGAACAUGAGAUCAUGUGAAUGAAGCUGAAGAUCUCGAAUAGAGACGAUGAAGCCUUUACUUUUAAGCACUAAACUGGAUCCCCUUCUAAAGCCUUAUGUAUUAUAUGAAAUAUAUAACCCAUUGUGUAACAUUUUAAUUUUAUGUUCGACAUAUACUGAUAGCUUACGUUCAUAUCGCUCUACAUUCAUCAGCUCACUAAGUUUUAUGUUUAACCUACACACAUACAUAUGUGUACAUAUGUGUAUGUAUGUAUAUCUCUACGUAUUGAUAUGAAUCAUUGAAUCUGAUUGUGUUUAUGAUUUUAAGUGUACAUUUUUUUGUGAAUUGCUUGUUUUAGUUAAUGGUCUAAUUUAUGAUUUAAAAAGUGAGUUAUCCUAAGUAGAAUGCGAGAAUCCCAUUUAUGUAUGUACAAGACAUAUGUAAAUAUGUUAAAGCAGAAGCAAUAAGCACAUCACACACUCUCAUAUUCGUAAACAUACACACACACAACCAUACAAACAUACACUUACACUUAAUACGAAAACAUUGUAAAAUUGGAUAAAGUGUGAAAGAUGUUUUAUAAUAAACUGAAAGUUUCUUCAUUUGAACAUUCGAUGGUACUCGUACGAAAUGAAAUUUUAAGUUGUAAGCCCAGCAGCAUAUCCUUGUCUCUAAAUCGAAUUGAAAUGUGCGAGGCAUCCAAACAAACUAUAACCGAACGAACAACAAAUUCAAUUGAAUGAAAUGCCAUCAUGCACUUAGUUGUUAGUCCUGCUAUGCAUGUAAACCCCACAACAGAACACACGCCACACCCCACAGACAGACACCGACUUCCGAUGCAGAAGUGGAGCAAAGAUAGCAACUGUAAUUUAGGG